CAUCGGUAACAAAAACUUGUAAUGCCAAAUUGACUGCAAUUAUUGAUAGUUAAUCAAGUCAAAUUAAUUUGUUUGUAUGAAAUUGAUAUCAGAUUUUUAAGUUUUCUUGUUUUUAUUGGUUACAAAAUUCGUCAAAAUGCCACUUUGUACAGAAUGCGAGAUUUCAUUUUCCUGCAUCACGUCUCUUUUUCAUCAUCUCACAUUGCAACACAAUUCAAGACAAAACGAUACUUUCAGAUGUAAAGAGAGCAAUUGUUAUAGAACUUUUAUGAGUAUGACAAAGUUUCGUAAACAUUUAGUAACCUUUCACGUAAUUCCUAUAAAAUCCACACAGAUUAAUCGUAAUUUGUCGCAACAAAAGUACAUUGCCACCGAAAAAUUAGAAUCUUUAUCUACAAAAUUGGACUCACAGGAUGAAACCAACACUGAACAGCCAUAUAAUGCAAAAGAUAAUAAUAAUGACAACGGUAAUGAGGGUCUUCACACAGUUUUUUUUAAAUAUACCGCAAAACUGUAUGCUGACCACCGUUUACCUCGCAUUUUUGUGCAAGAGACUAUUGAAUCCACUAAGCAGUUAUUCGAAGAGAUAUUGUGCAUAUUGAAGAAAGAUAUUGAAAAUGAAAUGAAAAGUUCUAAUAUCAAACAUGACUUGAAAAGAAAAAUCCUUUCGAAAUUUGACAACACAACACUUCCAUUUACUAAUUUUGCUACGGAACAUUUAAGAUUCAAAGCUUUUCGGGAAUCGGGUUUUUUCAUUAAAGCAAAAGAAUACAUUGUUGGCGAUCGAGUAGACGAUAAGUUAAAUAAUGGCAUAAUACAGAAAAAAAUUGUCGAAGUCACAGCUCAAUGUAUUCCGAUGCGAGAAACUUUGGGGAAAUUUCUGAGCAUACCCGGAGUUUUUAAAUCUGUACACAAUAAUUAUUGCAAUCUUAUGAGUAAUGACAAGAUAAUCACAAACUUUGUUCAAGGAAAAUUGUGGCGUAAUAAAGUUAAAUCUUUUAGUCCACAUAAAAUAGUUUUGCCUUUAUUCCUCUAUUUCGAUGACUUCGAAAUAAACAAUCCUCUCGGAAGUCAUUCAGGGAUUCAGAAAUUGGGUGGAUUGUAUUUUUCUAUACCCUGUUUGCCCCCUGAAAUGAAUUCUUUGAUCGAAAAUGUUUUUGUUGCUGGUCUAUGCCAUUCCCAAGACAGAGUUGUUUUCAAAAAUCAUCGAAUAUUUCACAUUUUCAUAGAUGAAUUAAAUUAUCUGGAGUCUAAAGGCAUUGAAAUAGAAACAGAAAAAGGAAUCCAACGCGUCUUUUUUGUGCUUGGACUUAUACUGGGAGAUAAUUUGGGACUUAACGCAGUUUUAGGAUUUUCGGAGAGUUUCAAUGCUAAUUUUUAUUGCAGAUUGUGCUCAUUAUCAAAAAGUGAGAUUCAAUUUGAGUCAAGAGAGAAAAAAAUGCGGCUUGAAUCGUACGAAAGAGAUGUAAUGCUAAAUGAUGCUAAGAAAACAGGUAUAAAAGAGAGAUCUGUGUGGGAUGGCGUACAGUCUUUCCAGUCAGUCGAAAAUUAUGCUGUUUGCUUUCUGCAUGAUGGGUUUGAAGGUGUUUUGAAGUAUGUGAUGGCUCAAAUACUGCAUUAUUAUUGUUCAGAACUGAAACCCACAUCUCAGCGAUUAAGCAUUGACGUUGUAAAUGGCAGAUUAAAAUCAUUUGAUUAUCUUCAUAGCAAUAUUAGUAAUAAACCACCAAUUAUCAGCGAAAAAGAAUUGAGGAGCAAACAUUUGUCGAUGUCGGGUGCUGAAAUGCAAAACUUUGUGUACAUAUUUGCAAUGAUAGUUGGGGAUUUAGUUCCACAUGAUAAUGUCUGGCAAUUAUAUUUACAACUUCGAAAAAUCACAGAGUUAUGCUUAGCCAAAAAAUUUCAGAAGGAAUGUGGUAGUCUAAUGCGCGUUAUGGUUGAAGAAUUUAUUCUUAUGCUUAAAGAAAUAUUUCCGAGAGAAAAUGUGAAACCUAAACUGCAUAAUUGGACUCAUUACGGCACUAUAAUGGAAGAAGCUGGCCCAAUCAUUGACCUUAGCACAAGCAAAUUUGAAUCCAAACAUAAGCUAAAAAAGAAAGAAGCCAGUGCUACCACUUCUCGUGUUAAUAUAACGUACACACUUUGUUUGAAAGAGACUUUAGGCCUUUGUUAUCGGUUUUUGAACAAACGAGGUUUAGAACCGAAUAAUGAUUUCGGUUCGAUAAUUGAACAUUUUGUAUGUAUUUCGCAUUAUAUUAUAUAUCCUUUAUUAAAAGAAUCGGUUCCUCCAUCAUUUGUCGGACGUCCUUGUCUCCAAGUUUGUUGGGCACAAGUAAAUGGCCAAAUAUACCGGAAAAAAUCGUGCGUGGUUAUCGAUGUAACAAAAGUACUUAUUCUGUAGAGCCUGUAUUUGGAUUUGCAGAAGCUAUAUUGAUGAACGCCCAGAAUGAGUGCCUUCUCGUUUGUAAAAUUGCAAAUAUGGUCAAAUUCAAUGAUAUGUACCAUGCAUACGAAUUAGAAAUGACUGAAAUGUUUAAGUGUAUACUCGUUGAAAAUUUAAUCGACCCGCACAUAGUUAUAACUGUGAAAAUGGGGGAUGGAAAAUUGUACGGAACUGUAAGGAGUGCACUGUGAUUGUAUUUUAAGAAUGUACUAGAUUAGAUAGCAAGUCAUUAGACAUUAAGAAAUAUGUAACAGCAAACAUUUAAAACAUUUAAAUAAUAAUUGUAACACAAUUAAAAAUACA